AUGGCUGUAACGUACUCUGUUGUCGCAUUGCUCAUUUUUGGCUGCGAUGACGCUUGUGCUGCACAAUAUAUACUGCAUGACGCCAUAGACAAUGGUGCGCCUUCCAACGCCCCCUUUGUGAUCUACACUGACGAACAAGGACAGUUACUGGACACCCUCCCGGUGUGCCAAGAUUUUAAUCGUGGUCUUUGCAACCGGCCUGCCUGCAAAUUUGUUCACCUACAGGAAGGAGAUGGGGUGGAGAUAGUGGAUCAGCGGGUGGCGGUAUGCCGUGACGCGGCCAAAGGGCAGUGCUGUCGGUCCGCCUGUAAAUACUACCACAUCCCCAUAGCGCUGCCCCCUGCACCUGUCAUGGCCGCGCUGGCUUCCUACCUGCAGCAGUAA